UUGGAUACGCAAAUUGGAGAAAUUAUUGAAAUUUACCUUCCUAUGGAAAUUAACUUAUCAGAUGAUUUUUUUAAAAAGUUAGACAGAAAUAUUAGAGAUGAAGUAGAAAAUACAACCAAAAUUUUUCGUGAGGAUCUUGGAAUUAAUUCAGAAGAAGAACUGAAAUAUAUUAAAAAAAUGUCUAUAUUUGGUGUUUCACGAAAUAUUGGUGGUAAUAAUUUAAAUGUUUGUGCUUUAAUGACUAAUGUAGUGGCUUCACGAAAACUUAAUUACCAAACUGGCUGCUUGGGUUUUAUUAUGCCUAAAAGUCUCUUAUUUAAUGCUUCUUAUGAAGGAUUUCGUCCUUUUAUAUUAGAAAGUAGCGAAAGAUUAUAUUUACAAAAAUAUUUUAAUUUUGAUAAUGUUAAGAAACCUUUUGAAGAAGUUGACUUAAAAUUUGGUGUUUAUUUCUACUCUUCUCAAAAAGCAGAUUAUCAGAAAGGAAUCAAACAAGUUAUUUUCUCCUCCAAGGAAAAGUUGCAAAAUAAAAAAAGUAAUUUGUUGGUUUCCGUACAAAAAAAUACUAAUGCUUUUUCUGUGGUAGACAACGAAGAAGAGUUAGAGAACUUUAAAUUAAUUCAAGGAGAAUUUGCCUACAAAUUUCGUACUGGUGCUUCC